UUCACCUGGAAAAAAGGUGCGAAAUUUAAUGUUCUGUUUUGUUCGACUUCCCUCUUCCUAGCUUCAAAGUUGAUUUGUUUGUUCUACAUGGAAUUUUGGACUCUCUUGCACGUAGAUCUGCUCAGCUUCUUACCCCUUUCAUCCUAAUAUUCUUUCAAUUUGAUGAUUGUUCAAGGGAUCACUCAUCGACAGAAUCAAACUCUCAAUUUUGGCUUUCGGGUAUGUUCAAUUUAAUCCCACCACUUGGAUUUGUCAUAUCAUGAGCAAUUUUUCAUAUGGGUCACCGAGUCCUAAGUCCUUCAAUGCAUAUCCAAGAGGAGGCGACUUGGAUUUAGAAUCUGGAGCAACCCUGAAAAGAAUUCGCAAGUCCAAAAGUUCCCAAAUCUAUCUCGUUAGAAUGCUUAAAUCUGUUGGUAACCGUAUCCACUACUAUUACAAGUUGCACCCAGUUAUAGUCCUGUUCAUCUUUUUGUCAAUUGGGGUGACACUUCUUAUGAUCCUGUCUGUGUACGAAAGUCAUUAUCGGAUGGCGAAUUAUUACGGGAAAUUGAGUGUAGUUUCUGAAGCAUUCCCAUUUGCGAAGCUUCAGAAUCUUGUUAUGGUUGCGGGUCAUUCGGUUUAUGUUAGUAGCAGUUGUGAGAAAGUUGAGAAGGAAGAUUCUUGGGUUUUGGAAUCGUAUCAGAAGCAUCCAGGCCAAGCUGCUACGUUUAUUUCACAUAUUAAAGAGGGAGUUGAGAUUGCAGCGAUGGACGAUGCAGCAUUGUUGCUGUUUAGUGGUGGUGAGACUAGGAAAAAUGCUGGUCCCAGAAGUGAGGCACAGAGUUAUUGGGCUGUUGCUGAAUCAAAAGGAUGGUUUGGAAAUAAAGAGAAUGUGAGGUCAAGAGCACUCACAGAGGAGCAUGCGCGGGAUAGCUUUGAGAAUCUUCUAUUCAGCAUUUGUCGGUUCCGAGAGCUAACUGGGAAAUAUCCUCAAAACAUUACCGUGGUAAGCUACGAUUUUAAAGAGAAGAGAUUUGCAAAUCUGCAUAGGUCUGCCAUUAACUUUCCGAAAUCAAGGUUUUUCUAUGCCGGCACACCAGCUUCAAUGACUUCGAAAGAAGCUGCUCUAAAGGGCGAAGCAUUGGUACGAGCUCAGUUCCAAGAUGAUCCCUUUGGAUGCCAAGGUUCUCUCUACCGCAAAAAGCUUGGACGAGACCCUUUUCAUCGGUCGAUACCUUAUCCCAAUGGCUGUCCUGAGAUUGCUGGCCUUUUCAGAUAUUGCAGAACAGAUCCUUAUCCUGGAUUCCUGCCAUGGACUAAAUGAGGUUUGUUCACACGUUUUUGCUCAGAGUUAUACUGGGGAUAAUUGGUUUUGCCUAAACAAACCAGGUUAGAUCUAACAUUCUUAGUGGGAGCACACAACAUGCCAUUCUAAAGGAUGUUUUCAUAUAAUGAGAUGAAACAUGUGACAUUUACUAGACAACUUGGUAGGAUAUAGUGUUUACAUAUGCAGCUAUCAUUGUAAGAACCUUCCACAUUCUCCACAUAGUCACUAUCUUGUCCAAGUUUUACUCUAUAGCCAUAUACUAAUUAUGAAUGUAAAAUUUUGUCCAAGUUACAAACUUUAACUUAA